AUGGGCUCAACCUCCACACAUUACGACCUGCCUGCUACCGGGUUCGAUGCUACAGUGGACGACAAUAGCCUGGAUAGACGUGGCAAUGCAUUGACUAACAAACUCACGCGCGUUCUAUCCUCCUCCUAUGCGGACACGGAAAUACGAGAUGCCCUCCGCCUAUUCGAUGCCCGUUAUGGGCACAAGGGAGGCGAUGAUGACCUUGACUUAAGAUAUGAAGCACAACGGGAGAUGAUCGAAGCCAAUGCGCAGAUUGUCAACGACUUCUCCAGGGUCGCCGAACAACUUGAUCGAGUCGGCACAUUGAUCGCAAGCCUAAAUCAGACCUGCAACAAUAUUCGCAAGCAUGUCGUCGCUGCGAGACAAGAAGUGGCGCCUAUGCUCGACGAAGCGUCAACCCUGCUAUCACAGAAGAAGGAAACAGAACAAAAGCAGCAGCUCCUUGACUCAUUCCGUGAGCACUUUUUGGUUUCGGAAGAAGACCUUGCAGUGCUCACCAGCUCGGCUGAACCAGUUGAUGGACGCUUCUUCGAACUGCUCGCUCGGAUGAACCGGAUCAACAAGGAUUGCGAGCUCUUACUUGGGUAUGAGAACCAGCGCAUGGGUUUAGAGCUGAUGGAGCAGACAACACGAGACCUAAAUGCCGCGUACAAAAAAUUGUUCAAUUGGACGACCAAACAGUUCAGGAGUCUCGACCUAGAGGAUCCUCACAUCAGUGGUUCGGUACGUCGUUCGCUGCGAGCACUUUCGGAACGUCCUGCACUCUUUCAGAACUGCUUGGACUCUUUUGCAGAGGCACGGCAGGCCACUGUUGCAGAAGCAUUUCAAAGAGCAUUGACAGACUCCAUUGGCGCUGCUCGUGCAAUCGAGUUUUCGACGCAUGACCCCUUUCGGUAUUUAGGGGACAUGCUUGCGUGGACUCAUUCUGCCACAGUCUCAGAAAUGGAAGCUCUCGAAGGACUGUUUGUGUCUGAUGCAGAAGAACUCUCUCGAGCACUUCAGCAGGGCAAAGCGGCCGAUCCGUUCGCCAUGUCACUUGACGACGGAAACGCUGAACAGCGUCCCUUUGACGGUCGCGCUGCCCUUAAUGCCCUUAUCAGCCGAAAUAUGGCUCUGGUAGCACAUACUUUGACUCAGAGAAUUUCCACGGCGAUUCGUAAUCUCACUGAUCCAGUUGAUAUAUACAAAGCUUACAACGUACUUUCAUUCUACCACGACAUGUUUCAAAAACUCAUUUGGUACCCCACCAGAGCUGAAUCAAACUCACGACCGAGAGAGACCGACGAAACGGACGCCGAGAACACCCUCCUUACAGCCCUCACAACCUUGCAAUCCCAAGCAUAUACUCAAUUUGCAUCUGCGGCCACUGACACACUUCACAGCGACAUUGACGAGCAGCCUUCCACGGAUCUCCACCCACCAACUGCCCUCAAAGACUCUUUGAACGCAUUUACCGCUAUUGCAUACACACGUGGCCCGUCUCUAACAAUGCCUGAAUUCAGUAAAUUGUACGGCACGCUACUCGCCCCUGUAUUGGAAGCCUGCGCAGCACUAGCAGAGAAAUGCAGUGAGCAGCCUAACAGUACCGAAUCAAGCACAUUCAUCUACAAAUUGAACUAUAUGCACCAAGUCCAACAAGCACUCGUGACUAUCGCAACAGGAUCUGGUCCCGGGAAGACGAAGCUCGAACUAGCCAACCAACCACUCGAGUCAGCUCAGGACGAAAUUGACUCACUUUCAUCCAAUCUAACCGACGUCCUCGCCGACUCCUUUUCUCGUUCUUCUGGUCUCACGGCCCUGGAUUCACUGAUUGAGCGGUCUCCAUCCUUGAAAACGACAUCUGCAAAGAAACGGUAUAGAUUCUUCCUACAACCUGCACAUCGUACGCCGGAAGAUAGCAGUAACGGUGACCAAGGCGCAUUACUGCUCGAAGUCCUGGCGCAACAGCUCGACAAUUUCCUUGCGUCUGCAUUGAUGGAUGCGCAGGACUCGCUUUCGCGUCUGAUUGAUAAGGCUCUUUCGGCGGAUGUGCUCAGGGAUGCAGUGGAGAUAUUUCGUUCGAGAUUUGAGAAGACAGUGAGGUAUUUGAGUGAUGUUGACGAAGGCGUUGAGCGAGAACAGCUUGCGAGGCGUAUGGGUGGUGGCAGGGAACGGAUUGAUGGUGAAUCGGAGGAAGACGAUAGUGACGAAGAGCGUGGGCUGGAGGAAGAAAUGCCGCGUAUUAGAGAUGUCUAUCCCAGGACUAUUGAGGAGGUUAGAGCACUGUUAUCUUAG